UGAGUGUCCGCUGCUGUCUGGAGCACGGUCCUUUUAAAUCGAGGGACCCUUGUUCAUGGGGCUCAGGUCGGGGCUCCUGCAUCAGCGCCGCUGUUCUCCAGGGUCUGCAGAUCCUGAAAAUCCCUGGGUAUCAUCUCUUCCCGUCUCAAGAUGGAUAACAAGAAGCGCCUGGCCUACGCCAUCAUCCGCUUCCUGCACGAUCAGCUGCGGCAUGGGGGGCUCUCAUCUGAUGCCCAGGAGAGCUUGGAAGUUGCAAUCCAGUGCCUGGAAACUGCUUUCGGGGUGACGGUGGAAGACAGCGACCUCGCACUUCCUCAGACUCUUCCAGAAAUAUUUGAAGCCGCCGCAGGCAAGGAGAUGCCACAGAACCUGAGGAGCCCCGAGCGAACCCCACCUUCAGAGGAGGACUUGGCGGAGGCAGAGCGCCUCAAAACCGAAGGAAAUGAGCAGAUGAAAGUUGAGAACUUUGAGGCCGCCGUGCACUUAUAUGGGAAAGCCAUCGAGCUCAAUCCUGCAAACGCCGUCUAUUUCUGUAACAGAGCUGCAGCCUACAGCAAGCUGGGGAAUUAUGCAGGUGCCGUGCAGGACUGCGAGCGGGCCAUCUGCAUAGACCCGUCCUACAGCAAAGCGUAUGGGAGGAUGGGCCUGGCACUGUCCAGUUUGAACAAGCACACAGAGGCCGUAGCCUACUAUAAGAAGGCCUUGGAGCUGGACCCUGACAACGAAACAUAUAAGUCCAACCUCAAGAUAGCGGAACUAAAGCUGAAAGAGACCCCCAGUCCGACAGGAGGGGUCGGCAGCUUCGACAUCGCAGGCCUGCUGAACAACCCCGGCUUCAUGAGCAUGGCAUCGAACCUGAUGAACAAUCCCCAGGUUCAGCAGCUCAUGUCUGGGAUGAUUUCCGGCAACCACAACCCCUUGGGGACUGCCGGCACCAGCCCCUCACAGAAUGACCUGGCCAGUCUCAUCCAGGCCGGCCAGCAGUUUGCGCAGCAGAUGCAGCAGCAGAACCCAGAGUUGAUUGAGCAGCUUCGAAGUCAGAUCCGAAGUCGGACGCCCAGUGCCAGCAAUGAUGACCAGCAGGAGUGACCACCUACCCACAGGCCACACAGAGGUGCACUGGACUGAGAUCUCAGCAGCCGCGGUAGUGCCCUCUCGGACCCGGGCGCCCGCCGGUCUGACCACCUGCCUGUCUCGUCCUUCCAGCCGUUCCAGCGCCGUCGGGUUCUUCCAGGCUGAGUGGAGCCCCCACGUGUUGUUUUCUUCUAUUGGAUUGCCCAAGAGGGAAAAAGAAAAAGAAACUGGACCUGCAUGUGAUAGAUUUUUAUGCUUUUAUUUCUUUCCCUUCACCCUCCCCUCCCUUUUUGUACUCCCUCAGGGCUCCCAGACCCUUCUCAAAACAGAGCCAGCAAGUUGUGAGCACAGACCAGCACCAGUCUUCAAAAACCCAGUCACUAAAGUGUUUCCUAGAAUAUUCCAGAGUGGGGAUUGUCCUCGGGUCGUUCUCCAAGAAGCUGUCGGCUUCACUUCCAGCCACGUCUGAAGCCCACUCUGGGGUCCUGCUCCCUCGGUCUGUCUUCACAAGAAGCCUCUUUCUGAGUCAACUUUGGCUGCUCAGACUAGCUCACUGCCAGUCGGGGUCUGGGCACCAGUGUCCACCAGGCCUUUGGACCACAGGUUUUUGCAUGAGGAACUCUAUCUAGUUGCAGAUUCCUAAAGACAUUUUCAUUGCCCGUCGGGAGUGGGACCAUCUUGGGGUGCCCAGGGCCAGCUUCUGGGACAGUCAAGCAUUUUGAUCGAUGCGCUUUUCACUCCCUUUGAUCCUUCCCCAGUACUGACACCCACGAAGGGUGUAGUCAUGACCUUCCUGCCUGGCCUCCUGAGCAGUCCUAGCCUGCCUGUGUGUCUGGGCCCAUGAACUCCCAGAGGGCUCCACCUCCUGUUCUGGGGCCCCUGGGGCCACCCUGCUCAGCCUGCGAUUGCCACCAGGCAAGAGCUGCCUCCAAGGAGGGCAAACCCACAACAAGCCAGGGCUGGGCAGCCUGCCUACGACACAAGGUCACCAUGGAUGUCCCCGAUUUCUGCUUGGGCAGGGAGUUGGGGGGAGAUCUGCUGAGCUCCCCUGUGCUGGCAGCAGUGUGGGAGGCUCCCGGGUGGUCUGCAAGAUCAACCAGUGAUGUGUGUGAUAGGAAACUAGUAGGAAGAAGGGCCACUGCCAGCCCCCUGCAGUCAUCACAUGGCUGGCAAGGUGGCCCUAACUCUGAGUACUUGCCAUGGUAAUGAGAGUAACGUGUGGGGAAUAAAUAGACAUUGUGACCUCU